GGCUCGGCGCCGCUGGAGCAGACGCCGGUUCCGAGUCGGACGCCUGGCGCUGGCGACUUUGGAGGUCUCCCCGUGAACUUUGUACAGCUAUGAAACCUACAUAGUGGGGUGCCACGAUGCUUCUCCUGUUGGCCAUAUGAGGAUGAGGAGAAGUUGGCUUUGGAGUGCUGGGAGCCUGAGCAAUUGCUAAGCGCUUGGUGUGCCCAGCCUGCCCACUGGAGAGCCCACAACACAAUGAACAAACUGACCUUCCAUAACAACAGAGUCAUGCAGGACCGUCGCAGCGUGUGCAUUUUCCUUCCCAAUGAUGAGUCCCUGAACAUCAUCAUAAAUGUUAAAAUUCUGUGUCACCAGUUGCUGGUCCAGGUGUGUGACCUGCUCAGGCUAAAGGAUUGUCACCUGUUUGGUCUCAGUGUUAUACAAAAUAAUGAACACGUAUAUAUGGAGUUGUCACAAAAGCUUUAUAAGUAUUGUCCAAAAGAAUGGAAAAAAGAGGCCAGCAAGGUACGACAAUACGAAGUCACUUGGGGUAUCGACCAGUUUGGGCCUCCCAUGAUCAUCCAUUUCCGAGUGCAGUACUAUGUGGAGAAUGGAAAACUGAUCAGUGACCGAGUGGCGAGAUACUAUUAUUACUGGCACCUGAAGAAACAAGUUCUGCACUCUCAGUGUGUGCUCAGAGAGGAGGCCUACUUCCUGCUGGCGGCCUUUGCACUGCAGGCUGACCUUGGGAACUUCAAAAGGAACAAGCACCGGGGAAAGUACUUUGAGCCGGAGGCUUACUUCCCGGCAUGGGUUGUUUCCAAGAGGGGGAAGGAAUACAUCCUGAAGCACAUUCCUAACAUGCACAAAGACCAGUUUGCACUGACGGCCUCCGAGGCGCAUCUGAAAUACAUCAAAGAGGCCGUCCGACUGGACGACGUGGCCAUCCAUUACUACAGGCUGUACAAGGAUAAAAGGGAAGUUGAAGCUUCACUGACUCUGGGAUUGACCAUGCGGGGAAUUCAGAUUUUUCAGAAUCUAGAAGAAGAGAAACAAUUGCUGUUUGAUUUCCCCUGGACAAAUGUCGGGAAGUUGGUGUUUGUGGGCAAGAAGUUUGAGAUUUUACCAGAUGGCCUUCCCUCUGCCAGGAAGCUGGUCUAUUACACAGGGUGCCCCACACGCUCCCGGCAUCUCCUGCAGCUGCUGAGCAACAGCCACCGCCUGUACAUGAACCUGCAGCCGGUGCUGCGCCACCUCCGCAAGCUGGAGGAGAAUGAAGAGAAAAAGCAGUACCGGGAAUCCUACAUCAGCGACAACCUAGACCUUGACAUGGACCAGCUGGAAAAGCGAUCCCGUGCCAGCGGGAGCAGCGCCGGCAGCGUGAAGCAUAAGCGUUUGUCCCGCCACUCCACGGCCAGCCACAGCAGCUCCCACACCUCGGGCAUCGAAGCGGACACUAAGCCCCGGGACCCAGGGCCAGAAGACAGCUGUUCAGGCAGCGCCGUGCACCGCAAGCUGAAGACCUGCAGCUCCAUGACCAGCCAUGGCAGCUCCCACACCUCAGGGGUGGAGAGCGGCGGCAAAGAGCGCCUGGAAGAGGACUCUCAGGACGAUGAAAUAGAGAUGCUGGUCGACGACCCCAGGGACCUGGAGCCCAUGACAGAGGAAGUCAGCCCUGACGUGUGCAUCUACAUCACAGAGGACAUGCUCCUGUCAAGGAAGCUGAAUGGACACUCUGGGCUAAUUGUGAAAGAAAUCGGUUCUUCCACCUCCAGCUCUUCAGAAACAGUUGUCAAGCUUCGUGGGCAGAGCACUGACUCCCUUCCACAGACAAUAUGCCGAAAACCAAAGACUUCCACGGAUCGACAUAGCCUGAGCCUUGACGACAUCAGACUGUACCAGAGAGACUUCCUGCGCAUCGCAGGUCUGUGUCAGGACACUGCUCAGAGUUACACUUUUGGGUGUGGCCAUGAACUGGAUGAGGAUGGCCUCUACUGCAAUAGCUGCUUGGCUCAGCAGUGUGUCAACAUCCAAGAUGCUUUCCCGGUCAAAAGAACCAGCAAAUACUUUUCUCUGGACCUCACUCACGAUGAGGUCCCAGAGUUCGUUGUAUAAGUCCCACCUGCGGGCAGCCCUGCGGGCAGCCGCUGUCUGCUGGAGGCUGUGGAGUCCGAGAUUCUUUACAUAUUAUUUGUGCCAUAUUUUUUCACCCCAAACUUAGCUCUUUCUUUAUAAUAUCCAUGAUGGAAACAAAAGCCUUGGGACAAUGCACUUUAAGUAUUAUGCAGAGGUAAAAGAUACACAGAAUGUACAAAGACAAGUGCCCGGAUGUUUAUUGACCCUUUGGGAACAAAUGUGCUUUAUAGUUUACCCAGCUUCCAGACUGUUAGGUUGUGGUGUGUGUGUUCUUCAUAUCUUGUUUUCUAGCUCAAAUACAUGUUUUUCACAUGAAAGAUAGAUGUCAGGCAUACCUGUUUGCUUGUGAAUUUUCUUUUUCUAGCCACUCCCUCAUGGAGCGCUUACGGUUCAAGAGGGAAGUUCUCUCUUCUUUUACUGAGAGCUGUUCUUAGUCCGUAGCCAUUGCUGCCCCAUAAGCGCUUGGCCCAAAUUGAACCUGAUGGUGGAAGCCUAUGGUUCUAGCCAAAGAUGAGCAUGUAACGGAAGCGCACUGCAGAGUCCAGAAGAUGUGUGCCGGGACUCCUUCACACCCCACAGUGCCACACCCACUGCUCUGUUCUUCCAGGAAGCGCUGGGCUUCACCUGUGUUCAUGAUGGUGCAUUGUGUGGAGUUUACAAAGCUGAUAUAUGUUAAAAAGAAAAAAUGGAAAUGUCUUCAGAAAAGUUUGUUUUGUUUUUUCUUUGUUGUUUUUCAAUGAUGGCAAACAAAUGGCAAUGCUAGUUUCUGCUUUAAAAAGAAAUGUAUAUGUUAUACAUAUAUAGUUACAUGGGACUAUAUGUGUUUAUAUGUGUUUAAAGCUUAAUGACUCCUCAUUUGGACUUCCAUGUACGCCUUGCACACAGAGAAUUCCUUGUUUGAUGUUGAGGAUAUGUUCCUGAAAGAAUGGUAGCCACAGACAAUCAGCUGAUAAGUACAGAGUUAAGAGUGACUUUCCUUGUGUGCCUUCGGCCAAGAUUCUCAACCCCAAUUGUAUAACAAGACUUAUCUGGGGAGCUUUUAAAACAAGCCUGGGUCCUACCCCAGGCCAAUUUAAAUCAGUCUCUUGUGGGUGGGGCUCAGGUAAAAAUGUCUUGCUUGUAAAGUUUACCAGGUAGAAGUAAUGCACAGUAGGAUUGGAACCCAUUGAUCCCAGAGUGUCUUUUUAUUAGUUUUGAAAUAAAAGUCUACAGGGGAUACUAGUGAUUGUGAAUGGGCCAUUUCUAAGACAGUCACUGCCCUGCUGCUGUUACAGUGUAUAAUGAAAGCAAGCCAGGAGAAUGAGUUUAUCAACUUGAUAUGCAAUGAAAAUGUUGCUCGCACUUCAGGAGAGAACUUCAUAGCACAAAGUCUUUCUAGGGGAUGUUUUUAAUGAUUUAGUAUUUUACAGCAUUUGUUUACCAUAUUUUGAUACUCCAUUUUUGCUAUCUUCCAGGUUUUAUUAAAAAAAAAACUAUGUAUUAUUUUCUAAAGAAACUCAUAUUUUUGUACAAAAUCAUGUUUUCAAGUAACGAAGAAAUAGAUUUAGGGUACAGCAGAGCAUAAGCAGUGUUCCCUGUGGAUGGGAGUCAGGGUUACAGAACCGGUGGCGGCCACAAGCCUGCCCCACCCCAGGCUGCCCUCCUGUGCAGGCACAGUAACUCACCCAGUAACUCCCACCUGACUCUGAAAAAAGAAGAAAACAAAAGUUCUGUGGCCGUGACAUUAUUUUGCUUUUGUGGAAUGCUUUUAGAAGAACCAAAGUUUCUGAUACCAGAAUGUAACUCAGUCUCCUCGCGGAAGGAUGAAAGUUGAAGGGAUGACUUAAUGACUUCUUUUGCUUAUGAGUCAUUACAUAACCUCACUAUUUUUUAUAGAGGCUUAGGGGCCAGACCCUGUUGAAGUUGGUACUCUUGAGAGCCCAGAUUGCCAUGCUGUGUGUUCGCACAGCCUUUCAGCAUCGCUUGCAGAUACAAAGAUGAAAAAGUUGCUUAAUUGAACAGAUGUGCUCAAUAACUUUUUUCCUCUCUGCUCCAGAAUCCAGUCUCCAGGGUUCUGCCAAUGGCAUUGCUUUUCAUCACUCUCCUUCAGCCAGAUUUGGGAAUGAAUAGCCUUAUGGAUUUUCAAAGAUGAAACCUGCUAGGAAACAUUUUUAGCUUUUCCAUUCAUGGUAGAAUUGUACACAGAUAUGUAUGUGGAAAUCCAUUUUGAAUAACUGACAUUUUUGUAUUGGGAAAUUGUUUUUAAAAAGAAAAGAAACGUAUACAGCUGUUAUUUAUGCUGUGUUUGUUAACAUGUCUGUUGCUGGUUAAUACACCGGUUUGGUCUAUGUCACUGCUCCGCGUCAUCUGCAUUUGUAUUUGCAACAGUGAGCUUUAUAUCUAAGUAAGCUGUAAAUAAUCCUUUCUGUGAAAGGAUCCUCAUGUUGGGAUGAUACUGAAAUAUGUUAAAAAAAAAAACUUGCAUUUAUUUUGUAAUUAUUUCUUAUAGGUGUUUCAUGGUAAGAUCAGCAGUCAAUAAAGUUAACUUUUUGGCCUUUAA